AUGCCAGAUCGGGGAGUCGAUCUACGGUCCAGGAACGUGGGCGACUUUGCACUUGCUUGGCCCGACCAGCCUGCGGGCUCGGAUUACAUAGCUGAGAGAUUGCUAUCUUGCCUUUUGACCACCAUGUCACCGACCAGCAAGCUCCUCGUUGACAUACACACUCAUGUGUACCUCCCUCGGUAUGCUGCCUUGCUGAGAUCGCGUGCUGGAGCUGCAACUGUACCCUUUAUUCGCACGAGCACAACUUCUGAAGGACUCGCGGAGGACCGUCUGCUGAUCCUUGACCACGAGCCAAGCGGUGGUCGUCCCGUAGGCCCGCAAUACUGGGACAGAGAAGAAAAGCUCAAGUUCAUGGAUAAGCACAGUAUCGACAUCUCCGUGGUCAGCACUGCCAACCCGUGGCUCGACUUCCUUCCGGCGUCCCAGGCGCACACACUUGCGGCGGAAUUGAACGACGAUCUCGAGCAGUAUUGCUCGACUGGCCCCAGUGUUUCCAGCAGCACGCAGAUCAAACGGCUAUAUGGUUUCGGCCUCCUGCCUCUUGUCCCCGAGAUCACAACCUCGGUUCUGCUUGACAUUGUGAACCAGAUUUCUGCUCUUCCGCAUUUGCGAGGGCUGAUUAUGGGCACUCGCGGAAUCGGAAAUGGUCUCGAUGAUGGAGCACUUGAGCCCGUGUGGGCAGCCAUCGAGAAAGCAGGCUUGGUAGUCUUCUUACACCCUCACUAUGGCGUGGACAGCAGCGCGUGGGGUGAUAAAGACAACGGCCACGUUCUCCCCCUGGCUCUCGGCUUCCCUUUUGAAACGACAACGGCUGCGACGCGUCUCAUUCUCUCAGGAGUAUUCGACAAAUUCCCGAACCUUCGCUUGUUGCUUGCCCACUCAGGUGGCGCGCUUCCUGCGUUGUCGUCGCGUCUUGCUUCAUGCAUCGAUCACGACCCUGUUGUGGCCUCAAGACUAAAGCAUGACGCGCGGUAUUACUUGGGCAAGCUAUACCUCGACGCAGUCGCCUAUGGACCAGAAGAGCUGGGCUUCGUCAGUGACGUUAUUUCUCGUUCAGCAAGUUAUGCAUCUGGCGCUUCUGCAAGCAAAGUCCCCAACCGAAGUACAGGCAGCAAACGGAUGUUAUUCGGAACCGACCAUCCUUUCUUCCCUCCUCUUUCUGUGACAGAUAAGUGGAAGAGCGUUACCGAAAACCUUGACGCCAUUGCAUCUGUGCAGGGUUGGAGCGAAGGAGAUAGAGACGGCGUUCGUGGAGGGAAUGCACUUGCUCUGUUCAAUCUACAAGGAUGA